AAAGAGGACGAAAAAGAAGUGCGUUCGGCGCGUUCCAUCCAUCGGGGCGGCUUCAAAACCAGGGAACAGUAUUUUCUUUGACUCGCCAGUCGUGGAGAGAAGAGAGUCGUGUUCGGCCGGGAAAGCAGGCGGACGUGCCGCUGAUCCAGCUCCACUCGAACAAGUCGUUCCAAGGCGACAACAGGAAGCAGUCGCCGACCAAAGUGAUUUUUCUUUCUUCACUGACGUUUCGGCCUCCUCACGGGAGCCUUGUUCAGGGUAGUCAUGUCAGUCGAUGUAGAGCCAGGGAGUUCCACCAUGUCAAGCACUCGCUCCGAAGAUUGGUCCAGUAGUUGGACUUCCGGCACUCAAAGUCGAACGAACACGACUACCGGCACCGUGACCAGCAGUGCUUCUGCUAUCCCGUCUGGCCUACCGUCCGGUACCACGCCGUCCGGUAUCACACCGUCUGGUAUCACGCCGCCCGGUAUCACGCCGUCCGGUAUCACGCCGUCCGGUACCACGCCGUCCGGUACCACGCCGUCCGGUAUCACGCCGCCUGGUAUCACGCCGCCCGGUAUCACGCCGUCCAGCACCACGCCACCCGGCAUUCCUCCACGCCCUCCACAGAACGUCAGGUUCUCGGGCAUCGUGCUAAAGUCCCAGCCCAGGCCCCUCACGGAUAAGGAAAAGACCUCGGAUUUGAAAGCCCCCUCCGAGCCGCGUCCGAGCACGAAGACCCUGCCAUCCACCAUGCGGUUCUCGGUCGUGCGUACCGUACGCCUACGCACCACUACGGCUAGUAGCGAGACCGAGGCCGAGUCCGAGACCACUGAAGACGGCAUCCGGCCAGACACCUCGGAGUUAGGUGGGAGGGCCCUCAAUGAGGACGACUCGCGUGGCACCAUGGCGCCGAACGUCACUGCCCAAUGGGAGGAGGAGGAGAAAGCGGCGGAGAAGAGAGAAGCGCGGGCGGAAUAGACAUUGGCCCGGGACGCUUCAUUUCGGCAACAUAACGCACGCGCAUAUAUGAGCGCCGAAAUUUCGUAUAGUUUGAGUUAUGCAUAGGAUAUUCGCAAAAUUUUCUUUUUUUCUCAGGAACUGGAUCAAAGACCUGUUUCUGUCGCAGGUCUUGGUUCAGUUUCUGUCGCAGGUCUCGAAAUAAAGAUUAAUUUUGUCGAAA